AUGACUCGCUUGCAUGGCAAUCUGUGGGCCCUACUAAACUCCCCGGACGAAGAAGAAGACGUUUUUGCCCUUAUGUCGACAAGCCCGGCCCGCUUCAAGAUCUAUAGGAGCAAGUCAAGCUCUGACCUGUCCAUGUAUCGGGCUCCUGUUUCCGAGCCCAUUCCCAUCAAGAAGUUUUCAUGGGAAGGAAAUGUCAUCAACGAGAAAAAGGGCAAAAACGUCUUUUCACCCGAGGAGGGGGAGCCCUCGGAGGACGACUACGAGAGGCUUCCGCCUCACGAGAUUGUGAAGAAGAGGACGAUGAAGAACCGAUUUGCGUACUCGAUGUGCGAAGGGGGGUUCGGGAGGACUCUCAAAGGGAGGGAUCUUAUUAAUGUUAGGACCAUGGUUCUCACCAUGACCGGUUUUAUCGAGAGUUGA